AUGGUUUUGGACCCAAAUGGAACCUCGGAAUAUGAUUAUACAGUGCAAGCGCGAGCUGGAAGAUCGAAUUAUCAGGUUGUGAUCGAUGUGGCGAUGAAACAACAAUACAUGAGGGUGGCAAAAGUCCCAGCUGACCUGAUGGUGGUUGACCUGUCGUGCAACCGAUUCAGUGGGUUCAUCCCACGGUCAAUCGGCAACCUCACGUACCUUCACGUGGUAAACUUGUCUCACAAUGCUUUCAGGGGCAAGAUCCCACACGAGCUCGGCCAGUUGGCCCGGAUUGAGUCACUGGACCUCUCCUGGAACCGUCUCGUGGGGAAGAUCCCACAGGAGCUGGCCAUGUUGACCACACUCGAGUGGCUCAACCUCUCCUACAAUGAUCUCAGUGGGAGGAUACCUUCGGGCAGCCAGUUUUCCACAUUCACCAGCAGCUCGUUCAAGGGCGGAAACAGAGGGCUGUACGGGUGCCCACUUCUUGUGAAAUGUAACCUUACAUUCGUGACUUCACCAUCUUCGUCGCUGCCACCUCCUGUGCAAGAAGGAUCACCAUUUGAUGAUAUCAUGUUAUGGCUUUUUGUUGGUGUAGGCUUUGGAGUUGGAUUUGCAUUGACAGUUGUACUACUGGUAGUCUACGGUUGCUGGUGCAAGAAAAUGGUUUUGAGGCGCUAG